GCUAAUCCCGGACGCCCCGUGCGUUUUGAGACCCUCCCCCUCAUACCUCCUCUUCUCCCCUCUUAUACUCUCGAUUCUUUCCUCGCUGAUCCCCUCGGCAUCCUCCGCACCAAUCGCCUUCCUGGGUUUCGAUCUCCCUCUGGUUUAGAUAACACCGCCCAGCUAGUCAAAAAAGAAUACUUUUUCAAUUUCCCGCUUCCCUGGAUUCGAUGUCCGAUGGGUAUGUUUAACGCCCCCACGACCUUUCAGCGAGCCAUGAAUAUGGCUUUUCAUUAUUUCGUACGGAAGACUCGUUUGGCGCAGAGUAUCAUCAACGAUUGCGUGAUUGUAUACAUGGAUGACAUUUUGGUGUACUCGAGUUCCUACGAAGGACACAUACAGCACAUCAAGUGGGCUCUGCAUGCGUUACGAGAUGCGGGUUUCAAGGUGGCGCUUGAGAAGUGUCAGUUUUUUCUUACCACCAUUUCCUUCCUGGGACACAUGGUAACAGACAAGGGGCUCCAACCGGAGCCCCAGAAGGUGGCAGCUGUCAAAGAUGCACCGGUGCCUACGACUAUCACGCAAGUUCGCGCCUUUUUGGGCCUGGCCUCGUACUGUCGAAGAUUUAUCAAGGGCUUUGUGGCGAUCUUGGGACCCCUCAUGAAUCUGCUGUGCAAAGAUCAGCCGUUGAUCUGGACGUCGGAGUGUGAUCAAGCGUUCUCGAAACUCAAGGCCGCUCUCAUUUCGGCUCCAGUCCUUAUAAGACGGGAUCCCGAAAAACCUUUUGUUCUCAUCACUGACUGGCAGCCGGAGGCAAUUUCGGCUAUCCUUGCCCAAGUGGGACCAAGUGGACUCGAGAGCGUGGUGGAGUAUGCGUCCAAAUCGGUGCCCGCCUGCAAGCGCAACUACGCCGCUCCGACGGGAGAAUGCUACGCGGAUCUUUGGGGAAUAAAUCACUUUCGCGCUUACCCGUACGGACGGAAGUUUACCUUGGUAACCGAUCAUGAGCCCUUGUUGGCUCUGAAGAAAUCGAAGGAUUACUCUGGCAUGAUCGGGCGAUGGGCAACGGUGCUGCAGAGCAUGGACUUUGACAUCCGUCAUCGGAAGCACGAGAGACACGGGAAUGCGGACGGACUGACACGACUGCACCGGCCUGAGAAAGUUCCGAAGAGUGAGGAGGUGGUUCCGUGGAACGAACCCGAACAGGAGGUGACGUGGACGAAGACCAGCGAGCAUCCUGCGUGGAUUGAAAAUUUGGAACUGCUGAUCAUACAAGCUUGGAGGACAAACGUUGAGGGCGAUCUUCUCGGCUUUCUCUUUGGAUCGGUACGGUUGGGCCGCCACCAGUUGAUUGCGCAGGAGCUCAUCGCGUCGAUCGUGCAAUUGGCGGACGACCUCUCGCCCGACAUCUAUUCGCAAAGCGACGACAGCCCUGCUCCGUACGUUCUCGAGCGAUCAUUGGAUCCGUACCUUCAGUGGACUGUGUGCUUGGAGGAGCCUAGGGACGAAGAUACUCUACCAUCAUGGCAGGAGUAUCUGAAGCCUUACGACAUCAUCCCUCACGCCUUCUAUCCGAAGGCGGAGGAAGUGGUGAUCGACGACGACGAAGAAGACGACGACAAGGAAACAUCGGAGGAAGGAAGCUAUAGCGAGUAUAGCGAGGGCGAGCUGAGUGAAGAAGAAGAAGAAGAGGAGGAAGAAGAAACCGGAUCUGAGUGGGAAGCCUUGCCGGAGGAAGCGGAGCAUACUGGCACGGAGGCAGAGCAUCCUGAGGCCGCACGCAAGCAGGAAGAAAUUGCCACUGGGAAACGCCAGCUGGAGUUCGCCAGUGGAGCCAGCUUGCGCAUCGGUAACGAUCCGACCAGGGAUCUGGAGCCACCGAAGCCCGAACAUGGCGACCCAGCAGCCGCCACCUCAAGCACCGCGCAACAGCGACGGAGCCGAUCCCCCUCCUCCUCCAGCCCCACCCGUCCCCCAGUUCGCCCACGUACCGAUGCGGGCAAUAGGCCUUCGUCCUCGAACGUUAACCCGCCGUCCCCUUGAUUUUCUCACUCUCGAACAGAUCCGCACCCCCGUCACCUUCCCCCCCCAUCCCUUCCUUCCCCACCUCUUCCACGACUUCUACUCGACCCGCCUACUCGC